CGUCAAUUCUUGAACACCCUUAUAAAGGAGCUGGCAUUUAUGAAAGUCAACGACUAAAUUAAUAGGAAAGAAUUGAGUCUUUAAAGAUCAAAAAGCUACACAAUCUCAAAUUAUUUUUUCAUUUCAUUUAUUCAUUCAAUAGUUAUUAGUAAACAGUAUGAUCAAGAUCAAGAACUGCUUUCGCGAAAUCACCAAACCCUGUCACUCCGAUGCCAAAGGUGUAGAAGAAUAUCCAGAAAAGGUUGGUGCUCCUCAAGAACAGAAGAUUUUCACAUUUCAAACCCUAAUUUCCGCAACAAACAAUUUCGAACAUAAGCUUGGUCAAGGGGGUUUUGGCCCUGUUUUCAAGGGGAAGUUGGAUGAUGGAAGGGAGAUUGCUGUUAAGAAACUUUCGCAAACCUCAAAACAAGGAAAAAGGGAAUUUACAAAUGAAGCCAAAUUAUUAGCAAGAAUACAACAUAGAAAUGUUGUAAGCUUAUUGGGAUAUUGUGCAUUUCCUGAAAAGCUUUUGGUGUAUGAAUACGUAGCUAAUGAGAGCCUCGACAAGCUUCUUUUCAAAUCAGCAAAGAGAGAUGUACUCGAUUGGAAGCGAAGAUAUUCCAUAAUUAAUGGUGUAGCACAAGGAUUGCUUUAUCUUCAUGAAGACUCACAUGAUCGCAUCAUUCAUAGAGAUAUAAAGGCUAGCAAUAUUUUAUUAAAUGAAAAAUGGAGACCAAAAAUUGCUGAUUUUGGAAUGGCAAGAUUAUACCCUGAAGAUAAAACUCAUGUUAACACUCGUGUAGCUGGAACCAAUGGAUAUUUGGCACCAGAGUAUGUGAUGCAUGGUAAUUUAUCAAUAAAGGCGGAUGUAUAUAGUUUUGGUGUAGUGGUUCUAGAGCUCAUUAGUGGUCAAAAAAAUUCUACAUUCAAUCUAGAUCCCGAAUGCCAAAAUCUACUUGAUUGGGCAUAUAAGCUCUACGAGAAGGGCAAAGGCAUGGAAAUUAUGGAUUCAACACUUGCCACGUCAGCAGACCCUGACCAGGUGGCAACAUGUACACGCAUCGGACUACUAUGCACUCAAUCUGACCCUAAACUACGGCCCACCAUGCGCCAUGUGGUGGUGAUGUUAUCCAAGAAAUCGGGUGUUCUUGAUGAACCUACAAAACCUGGAUACCAUGGGACAAUGGAUAGAAGACCACAAAGAUACUCUGCUUCAUCUUCUUCCACCGCCACAAAUUCUCGUUCUUCUAAGUCCACCACCACCACCACCACCACUGCCGCCGCGGGUGCCGCUAGCACUUGGGGGAAUGUGGCGUCAACUUCAAAUCCUACUCAAACUGAUUCAAGAUUUGUGAAUUCUGUAUUGGAUCCUUAUGGAAAACGACCUAUGGAAGGUUAAAGAUUGGUUUUAUUGUUGUAGAUUAGAUUGUUGGAGUUUGUCUUUUUUUUUUUUUUUUUUUUUGUAUAGAAGUGAUUAAAUGUAAAUUUUAGGAAGGAGGAUGUGAUGUUGAGAAAAGUUUUGAGAUUUAUGUAUAUACGGAUUAAAGUUCGGAUUCAAAUCUGUUAAGAUUACUUUGAUUAUGUUUCAAUUAUUUAAGCAAACUCAACUGC